AUGCCGUGUGCGCUUCAAGCGUUUAACAGCGAAAAUGGCUCCAACCAGACUGUGCAAGACAUGUGCAAGGAUGAGGAUUUCCAAAGCAGUAUAGCGGCUUGUGUCAGUCGAGUUUGUACAUUAAGAGAAGGAAUUGAAUUCCAGAACUCUGUAUCGUCAAUAUGCGACAUUCCCACAGCAGACAACCGCGGAAUGUAUCGGGAUAUAAUAAUCGCCUUUGCAACUUUCUCCUUCACAUUUGUGGGUUUGCGAGUGGCAUCCAGAUUGAUUGUCAAAACGCCCUGGGGUCCUGAUGAUACUUGGGUGAUAAUAGCCUUUACUAUUAUGGUACCAACUACGGCCUUCAUGUUACUUGCGAUAAAAAAUGGCUUCGGAUCGCUUGCAUCGAUAUAUCGCAAUGGAAACAACAGCUUCAUCCUGCUCUACAAGCACAUAUUCAUAUGGCAGAUUCUUUACAUGCUAGGUCUCGCUGCAGCCAAAACCUCGAUUUUAUUCUUCUACCUUCGCAUAUUCCCCGAUGAAAAGUUUAGAAUCAUGGUCUGGAUGACCAUAGCAUUCAAUGCCGUUUCAAUACUAGUCCUCCUUGUUCUCAACUUGACGCUAGGACAGGCUGUGAGAAUAAUAUGGCAUGGCGGUACGGAUUAUAACUCGAGUCUGAAGACAUACAAUGUUGUUUUUAAAGUCAACUCGGCAAGCACCGCGGUGAGCUUCGCUCUGGAUAUAUGGAUGCUCAUCUUGCCCAUGUCACAACUCUAUAACCUCGGACUCAGACAACGUCAAAAGAUUAAAGUAAUGAGCAUGUUUGGCAUGGGUCUAUUGCCUAUUUUUGUUGACCGUCCUCUUGUACACAUUGACAAGGACGAAGAUGUACCGACAUUGCAUACUGAUGGAGGUUUCACUACUACAACGAUGAGCACUUCAAAUAAGGGCUCACCGUACUCCGAGGCAAUUCUUCUGUGUUCCGGAACGGAAAUCAGGGUUCCUAAUUAG